AUGUGGCGGAUGUUACACUAUACAUCUCUCUAUCGUUUGGUAUCACACACACACACUCUCUCUCUCUCUCAAGCUCUCAAGCUCUCAAGCUCUCGUUUUCUCUCUCUAAAUCUCUCACUCUCAAACUCUCUCAAGCCUCAAGCUCUCUCUCUCUCAAGCUCUCAAACUCUCCUCUUUCCCUCAAACUCUCUCUCUCUCUCUCAAACUCUCUCUCUCAAACUCUCUCAAACUCUCUCUCUCUCUCAAACUCUCUCUCUCUCUCUCAAACUCUCUCUCUCACAAACUCUCUCUGUCUUUUGGUUUUUGCCAGCCAAUCUUCUUCACAUCGGCGCCCACGCCGACACCAACGAUGAGGCAAUUGCUAGUACCGGCACCGAGGGUGACUUGGGGCUGCGCCCCCUCGAGCCUCUCACCCAGGAAUACAUGGACACCAUUGUCCAAGAUCCCCGCUUCUCCAUCCGAGGCGCCUGUGAGCAAAUGACCAGCCAACGAGAUUUUCUCCUCUGUACGCUACCUGACCUGCACUAUCUUCAAUGUCCAACGCCCUGGUGCUCGCGGACCUUUCGCACCCCUUCAGACCUCAAGACCCACAUGCGACGUGAAACUUGCAUCCCUCACGCGGUCGUUCGGGAAGCCAUUACGACAAAGGCUGCCGAAUGGGUUGCGUGCGGUGGCAACAUCCCCAAGCCACGCUGGGCUAAACUUCGUCUGCAAGAGGAUAUGGGCGUGCGCAAGUCUAAGAUCAUGCCCGCGUACCGUUGGCCGCAAGAGGAAAGGGAUGGCCCGUGGAUGACCCCCCUCAUCCACAUGUGCCUUCUUCUACGACGUUCCUUCGAUGAGACUUUGCAGAUGAUGCGUGACGCUCACGUUAAAGUGCGCGUCAUCAAGCACCGAGAGUUCGCCUACGCGCAACGUUCAGGCAUUAUCCAUACCAAUCUGGCUGCUGCAAGCGGCGGCGUCACCGUCGUGCAAACCGAUGAUGCCCUCGAGUACCUCAAACAACAUCACCCCGAUUUGUGGACCGCCGAACUCGUCGAGCAGCAACGUUUAGCCCCGGAGGUCCAAAACCAUGAUAUGAAACUUUCCCAACAAAGGAGCGUCAUUCGAAGCAUGGCCCAACAGGCCUCCGCAUUCAAUGGACAGCUGCUUCAGGGAUACGAAGAGAAAGGGCUCUUUGUGUCCAGCACCCACAGCGCGUUUUGCAAUGGCAGUAUCAUGACUGCUCUACCAGGCAUGUUGCACGAGUCGCUUUCACGUGCUUCGCCCGACGUGCCUUGCCCACAUCCGCGUGCCUUGAAGGACCCAGAAAUCCGUGAUGAGUUCUCGGCCGGCUUUCCCGAAAGUGUGCUCUUUGCCUCGGAUGAAGGUGUGGAGGACGACGUCCUGGAACAACCUGAUGAAACAGAUCCCAAGCGUGUGCGCCUCGAUGAGCUUGCCGCAACCUUGGCCCUGCCAGAGAAUGGCCUCGUUGCCGGGACCCCAUACAGUGGCCCAGGUGCCUUGGCCCCCCACACACCGGGGAGCUACCGAACACAUGGUGCCAGCGCCGUCAACACGCCCUUGCACAACUGGAGCUCCGCUACCUCAAGCCGACGCGGCUCGGCCGCAAAUACCCCCAUGAGUUCCGCCCGGCGCAACUCGCGUGCGACUCCCGCCAGCAGCCGUGCGCCCGUGCCAGUUGAUCUAGCCAUCGAGGAAGAGCAAAAGUAUUUAGAGGCCCUUGCGCAGCGAAGUCAGCUGCAGAAGCAAGCGGUUGACAUGUCUGGCCCGCAGCAGCUCGAACUAUACUGGACACUGGCGCGCCUUGAAGAACGCUCCGACAUUCGCGCCUACAUGCAGGCCAAGCGCUUUUUGCCCACGGUGGUCUCAACCUUCCCAUUUUCAGACCCGACCGCGCGGCGCAUGGCCAGCACCGGCCGCCUGACCUACCCCGCAUGA